AUGCAUAUCGACCUGCACAUGCACACGCAGCUCUCCGACGGGGAGCACCCUCCGGAGACCGUUCUCGAGAUGGCAUACUCCAACGAUACGGCCCUUUGCGCGCUCACAGACCACGACACACUGCAGGCGUACUUCCGCCUCGAGGCCCUCAAUCUUCCAGACCUAGUCUUCCUUCCCGGAGUCGAGAUCACCACGGAGAACCUCCUCGGCAAAGAGUCCCACUUGCUCGUUUAUUUCCCGCGAUUUGCAAUGGGAACCGAAAGGGCCUUCAAGCGCCUCUCCCUAACCAAGCAAGACCCCCCUACCAUGGCUGACAUUGCAGGCCUCAAGGAACUAGAAACAGAACUAUCUCUAUUGCGCGAGAAAAGGAUUGAAAGAGCAAAGCUUUGCCUCGAAGUUCUCUCAUCAACCUACGGCCUUGAUCUCUCGUGGGACGAGUUUUGCACCCUCAAUAGGAUAAACCAAAAGACCAGUACAGCAGACGGGACCAUUGGGAGACCACACAUUGCAAAUUACCUAAUUCACAAGGGCUACUGCACAACGGUAAGAGAGUCAUUUGAUAAAUAUCUGGCAAAAGAGCCGAUAGAAUCACUUAAAAAGGAAAUGCUUCCUCUUCGGUACGCUAUUACAAGAGCAAUUCAGCUGGGAGGAGUCCCUGUCCUUGCUCAUGCUUGUCUUAAGUAUGAUUGGGAUGCUACCGUCAAGGUCCUUGAGGAGGCUGUUCAAAGCGGAAUGAAGCAUCUUGAGGUUUAUCACCCUAGCCAUACCCAGAAGAACAUCCUCCACUUGAAGCAGUACUGUGACAGGCAUGGCCUGACCGCCUCAAUGGGAUCCGAUUUUCAUGGAGACUCGCCACAAUAUAGUAGUCGCAUACCACCCGGUGGGUAUGAAGACGCCAGGCACCCAAUUGACCCAGCGGAGAAGAAAAAAUUGGUUCGCAGUCUCUUUAAGCAGAGUUCUUGA